CGGGAGGAGGUGGAAUUGCAUUUCUGCCGCUAAAGCGUUCGCGGAGACUUCAAGGUAUAAUCUAUCCCAGAUCCUUUCCCAGAGAGAAACUUGGCGAUCACGUUUCCACAUGAUGCUCACGUUUGGUGCUCUCCAAUUAUCCCUCCCCACAAAGAUAGGUGGCGUGUGUUGCAGGGUCUCUCCUCUCGCUCGUACAGAAAAGAAAAAGAAAAAAAUGUCAUUAGAAGAGGCGUAACACGUCAGUCCGUCCCCAGGUUUGUGUUUCCUGGAGUGGCAGAAAGAGAUCAGUCCUAACCUGCCCAGCAGGAAUAACGGUCCUUCCGACAACUCUUUGCAAGGCUUUUUACAAUUUCUCCAGGAGCUGCAUCUCCCUUCACCUUUUCUACUCCACUUCGCGGCUUCUUCAUGCUUUUUCUUCUCAGCAUUUCUGGCCAAAACUACAAACAAGACUUCGCAGAGCCUGCGUGCUGCUGCCGCUGCCGCUGCCGCCGCUGCUGCUGAAUCAGGGAGUCGAGCCCAUGCGAACUGCCAUCUGAUCCACUCUUAUCAAUGAAGCAGCAGAUCAUGGCGGAUGGCCCCAGGUGUAAGAGGCGAAAACAAGCCAACCCCCGGAGGAAAAACGUAGUGAACUAUGAAAAUGUAGUGGAAACGGGUUCAGAAACAGAUGAGGAGGACAAGCUACACAUUGCUGAGGACGAGAGUGCUAUCAACACUCUGGACCAGGAAACUAGUCCAGCCAGUGUGCCCAACCAUGAGUCUUCCCCACAUGUGAGCCAAGCAACGUUGCCCAGAGAGGAAGAGGAAGAUGAAAUGAGGGAAAGUGGAGUCGAUCACACCUGGCACAACAAUGAGAUCCUGCAAGCCUCUGUAGAUGGUCAAGAGGAAAUGAAGGAAGAUUAUGACACUAUGGGGCCUGAAGCCACAAUUCAGACCACUGGAAACAAUGGUACAGUGAAGAACGCAAAUUGCACGUCGGACUUUGAGGAAUAUUUUGCCAAAAGGAAACUGGAGGAAGGAGAUGGGCAUGCAGUCAGCAUAGCAGAGUACCUGCAGCGCAGUGACACAGCCAUUAUUUACCCUGAAGCCCCCGAGGAACUGUCUCGUCUUGGCACUCCAGAGGCCAAUGGGCAAGAAGAAAAUGACCUGCCACCUGGAACUCCAGAUGCCUUCGCCCAACUGCUGACCUGCCCCUACUGCGACCGGGGCUACAAGCGCCUGACGUCCCUCAAGGAGCACAUCAAGUACCGCCACGAGAAGAACGAGGAGAACUUCUCGUGCCCUCUCUGUAACUACACGUUUGCCUACCGCACCCAGCUCGAGCGGCAUAUGGUGACACACAAGCCAGGGACAGAUCAGCACCAAAUGCUGACCCAAGGAGCAGGCAAUCGCAAGUUCAAAUGCACUGAGUGUGGCAAGGCCUUCAAAUAUAAACACCAUCUGAAGGAACACCUGCGAAUUCACAGUGGUGAAAAACCAUAUGAGUGUCCAAACUGCAAGAAACGUUUCUCCCAUUCUGGCUCCUACAGUUCGCACAUCAGCAGCAAGAAGUGUAUUGGUUUAAUUUCUGUAAAUGGCAGAAUGAGAAACAAUAUCAAGACGGGUUCUUCUCCUAAUUCUGUAUCUUCCUCUCCUACUAAUUCAGCCAUCACACAGCUGAGAAACAAGCUGGAGAAUGGCAAACCACUUAGUAUGUCUGAGCAAACAGGCCUACUGAAAAUUAAAACAGAACCACUAGAUUUCAAUGAGUACAAGGUUCUUAUGGCCUCACAUGGGUUUAGUGCAACUAGUCCUUUUAUGAAUGGUGGACUUGGAGCAACCAGCCCCUUAGGAGUUCAUGCGUCUGCUCAAAGUCCAAUGCAGCACUUAGGUGUAGGGAUGGAAGCACCCUUGCUCGGGUUUCCUGCAGUAGGCAGCAAUUUAAGCGAGGUGCAGAAGGUCCUACAGAUUGUGGACAACACGGUUUCCAGGCAGAAAAUGGACUGCAAGGCUGAAGAGAUCUCCAAGUUGAAGGUUUACCAUAUGAAGGAUUCAUGCUCUCAAGCUGAGGAACAAGGAGUUACCUCCCCCAAUAUUCCCCCUGUGGGUCUUCCAGUAGUAAGUCAUAAUGGUGCCACUAAAAGUAUUAUUGACUAUACAUUAGAGAAAGUCAAUGAAGCCAAAGCUUGCCUCCAGAGCUUGACCACAGACUCGAGGAGGCAGCUCAAUAACAUUAAAAAAGAAAAGCUGCGAACCCUAAUAGACCUGGUAACUGAAGACAAGAUGAUAGAGAACCACAACGUAUCCACUCCAUUUUCAUGCCAGUUCUGUAAAGAAAGCUUUCCUGGUCCCAUUCCGUUGCAUCAGCAUGAGCGUUACCUGUGUAAAAUGAACGAAGAAAUCAAGGCAGUCCUUCAGCCUCAUGAGAACAUGGUUCCCAACAAACCUGGAGUGUUUGAUAAGCAAACCCUCUUGCUGUCAUCAGUACUUUCUGAGAAAGGAAUGACUAGCCCCAUCAACCCAUACAAGGACCACAUGUCUGUACUUAAAGCAUAUUAUGCUAUGAAUAUGGAACCCAACUCUGAUGAACUACUGAAAAUUUCCAUUGCUGUUGGCCUUCCUCAGGAAUUUGUGAAGGAAUGGUUUGAACAAAGAAAAGUCUACCAGUAUUCAAGUUCCAGGUCACCAUCACUGGAAAGGGCCAGUGCCAAGGUGGCGCUGGCUGCCACCAACAACACUCCCACUAAAGACUCUUUGUCAGCCAGAUCUCCAAUAAAGCCUGUGGACUCUAUAACUUCACCAUCUAUAGCUGAACUCCAUAACAGUGUUACUAAUUGUGAUACUCCUCUCAGGCUAACAAAACCUCCUCAUUUUACCAAUAUUAAGCCAGUUGAUAAAUUGGACCACUCUAGGAGCAAUACUCCUUCUCCUUUAAAUCUUUCUUCCACAUCUUCUAAAAACUCCCACAGUAGUUCUUACACUCCAAACAGUUUCUCUUCUGAGGAGCUUCAGGCUGAGCCAUUGGACUUGUCUUUACCAAAACAAAUGAAGGAACCCAAAAGUAUUAUAGCCACAAAGAACAAGACAAAAUCUAAUAGUGUAAAUUUAGAACACAACAGUGUUUCUUCAUCAUCUGAAAACUCAGAUGAGCCGCUGAACUUGACUUUUAUCAAGAAGGAGUUUUCUAAUUCAAAUAAUCUGGAUAAAAGCACUAACCCAGUAUUUGGUAUGAACCCAUUUAGUGCCAAACCUUUAUACACAACACUUCCACCACAGAGCGCAUUUCCCCCAGCCACUUUUAUGCCACCAGUCCAGACCAGUAUUCCUGGGCUGCGACCAUACCCAGGACUAGAUCAGAUGAGCUUCCUACCACACAUGGCCUAUACCUACCCAACUGGAGCAGCUACUUUUGCCGAUAUGCAGCAAAGGAGAAAGUACCAGCGGAAACAAGGAUUUCAGGGAGAAUUGCUUGAUGGAACCCCAGACUACAUGUCCGGCCUGGACGACAUGACGGACUCCGACUCCUGCCUGUCCCGGAAGAAGAUCAAGAAGACAGAAAGUGGCAUGUACGCGUGUGACUUAUGUGACAAGACAUUCCAGAAGAGCAGUUCCCUGCUGCGACACAAAUACGAGCACACAGGAAAAAGACCACAUCAGUGUCAGAUUUGCAAGAAAGCAUUUAAACACAAGCAUCACCUGAUCGAGCACUCACGCUUGCACUCCGGGGAGAAGCCCUACCAGUGCGACAAGUGCGGCAAGCGCUUCUCGCACUCGGGGUCGUACUCACAGCACAUGAAUCACAGGUAUUCCUACUGUAAGAGAGAGGCAGAGGAGAGGGAAGCAGCCGAGCGGGAAGCCCGUGAAAAGGGUCACUUAGAGCCCACCGAGCUACUGAUGAACCGGGCCUAUCUACAGAGCAUCACUCCCCAGGGGUACUCUGACUCAGAGGAGAGAGAGAGCAUGCCGAGAGACGGCGAGAGCGAAAAGGAGCACGAGAAGGAAGGAGAAGACGCGUAUGAGAAGCUGGGAAGGCAAGAUGGGGAUGAAGAGUUUGAGGAAGAGGAAGAGGAGAGCGAAAAUAAAAGUAUGGAUACGGAUCCAGACACGAUAAGAGAUGAAGAGGAGACUGGUGAUCACUCAAUGGACGAUAGUUCGGAAGAUGGGAAAAUGGAAACCAAAUCAGAUCACGAAGAAGACAAUAUGGAAGAUGGCAUGUAAUAAACUACUGCAUUUUAAGCUUCCUAUUUUUUUUCCAGUAGUAUUGUUACCUGCUUGAAAAACACUGCUGUGUUAAGCUGUUCAUGCACGUGCCUGAUGCUUCCAGGAAGCCUGUAGAGAUGGACUAAAGGGGCAGUUCAGCCAAGACAGAAUUAGAUGGAGUUUGAGCUGGGUAUUGUUAAGAACUGCAUUAUGCAAAAUUUUUGUACAGUGUUAAGGCCUAAAAACUGUGUGGUUCAGAGACUAAAUCCUGUGUUUAAUAGCAUUUAUACUUUAAGCACAAACUAGUAAAUUGUACGAAUUGCACUCAACUUAUAUAUCACUACAAACUUAAAAAAAAAAAAAAGAUAUGUCUAAUUUAUAUUAAUACAUUUUAAAAAGGUGCCCGCACUACCAUACAUCAGUAUUAUUAUUAUUAUUCCUUUUUAAUUUAAUGUGCUCGCACUACAGUACAUCAGUAUUAUGACUCCUCUGUACUUUCCUUUGCUAUUCAUACGUUUCCCAGUUUUCAGCCUAAGCAACCACACAAUUUUAGGCCUCAAUUUUUAUUUUAUUUUUCUGUGAAGGAACUUGAAGUGAUGCAUGUGUGAAUUUAAGAUACCGAAGUCUUAAAGUGACCUGGACAUGAAGGAAAAAGUAAGAUGAGAAAUAAAGAAAGCCUUUGUAAGGUGGUUUUAAAAGCCUUAUAUGCAAACCUUUUAAUCUGUGUGUUUCUGCAAGUGCCAUCCUUGUAUAGUGUUAAGAGGGUAACGUGUGUUACCUUUGCACCAGCUUCAGUGUUAAGCUCACCCUGUUCUUUGAAGCACCCAUGUCAGUAUUAGAAGAAUAGGCAGCAGUUCCUUAGUUUACAUAUGUUUGUGCAAUUUUUUUCUGUACUUUUUUUUUUUUGUUCAUUAAUUUUGUCAGUAUUACACCAAACCUUUUUUUUUUUCC